CAAAAAAUAAACAAAGUGGCCGGGAGGGAAAAAACGAAGCGGGCGGGCGGAAAAAAAACGGAGCGGGCGGGCAGAAAAAAAAACCCGAAGCGGACCUACGAAAAUAAAACGGAACGCGACCCCGGGGUCGGCGACGGAUUCGGUUCAGAGAAGAGGUGACUGCGUGAGGAACCUAGGAGUGGCGGUGUGGAGGGCAAGAUGGAAGAUCAAAGAGGAGGCAUGGUGGACAGCAGUGCUGUUUACACAGACUUUGUUUCUGAGCAGGAAUACGCGCUUCAUGGCAUCGUUGAGUUACGUGAUGGACCACAUCCUCUCCAAGGCUUCAGUGCCGACGUGGCGGACCUAGUGGGCGGGCAGUGUUCCGAUCCCCCAGACCAGCCUGGCCCCAUGGGCGUGCAGCACACGGUAACCCUGGAGAUGGCUGUGGUGUCCAUGCCAGAGUUGCCCGAAAAUGGCCAAGGAAGUGACGGGAGGGAACUCACGGUGCUAACCAGCCAACAAGAUGAGAAGGUGGAGGCUGCUAACCAGCCAGAUGCAUUGAUCCAAAUGGAGGGACUUGGUUACUACCACAAGAACAAUGAGAGCUUUGAGCACCAGGACCUGAUUGAUCAUCUCCAACAUCACACAGUGGCCACCAAACGUCCACUGUCUCCCAGCUCUGGAGGAGAGGCUAGGUUGCCGGCAAAGCACCCUCGGUUGGCGCAGAAGAAAAAGAGUGUGGUUGGCAGAGACCCCAGUGUCCAGGGGAAUUCAGCCACUGCCCCUUGUGUGACGUACCCCUGCCCUGCCUGUGGUCAAGAAUUCCCCCAGGCAGGAGCCUUGAAGGAGCACAUGGGUUCGUGCCCCAGUGGCAGUGAUGUAUCUGAGCAGCUGAGAAAUGGCUGUACAAUUGAGCCCAAUUACCAGGCAUGCGGACGGUUGUUCCAGAGUACCACAGAGUUGGACAAGCAUCAGCGCGUCCACUACCCCUUCUGCUGUGACCAGUGCGAUGUCAUGUGCUCCACUGCCAAGCUCUUGGCAGAACACAAGAAAUGCAGCCGGCUGCGGACUGAAAAGUUCAGGUGCGAGCUCUGCCCCUUUGAGAGCUGCAGCCCCCGAGACCUUAACAAGCACUAUGGUGAGAAGCAUCGAGACAAGGCAGCUUACGUCUGUGACAGAUGUGACUUUAUGAGCCGUUAUCGCAAAGCUUUGAAGAAGCACCUGACCCUGCACUCCGAUGAGGGUGGUAGUACUACUGAGGAGAACAAUGAACAUAUUAGGAGGAGACUGGAGCCAGAUAAUGACAGUGUCAUGGCACAGUCGUGGCCCGGAAAACAAAAGCCAUCUGCUUGCGAAGAGGAGGACCUUGUGUCAGAGACUGGCUCAGAGGACAACACCAGCAGAAAGAGCAAGUCCUUCAGAGAGCGGCAUUUCAAAGUUGACGUACAAGAAGGAAUGGAACAUCUGUACAAGACCCACAUCUGCCCAGAAUGCAAACGGUGUUUCAAAAAGAGGACCCAUCUGGUCGAGCAUCUUCACCUCCACUUCCCAGACCCCAGCCUCCAGUGCCCUCACUGCCAGAAGUUCUUCACCAGCAAGGGCAAACUGAAGGUCCACCUGAUGCGGGAGCUGGGUGUGAAGAGCCACCACUGCCCUCUGUGCGACUACAGCGCAGUGGAGAAGAACUCUCUGAACCGGCACAUGGCCAGCAUGCAUGAGAAUACCACCAACUUCUACUCUGAGGUCUACGCCUGCCCGGCGUGUGAGGAGAAGUUCACCGUCAGCAACGCGCUCAAGGAGCAUAUGAAGACUCACAAGGAGGAGCGGCAGCUGCUGCACUGCCUCGAGGGGGACUGUGGCUACAUGGCAGAAGAGCGCAAGGACUUGGUCCGCCACCUCGAGGAGGUGCAUGGCGCCCAGGUGGUGGAGUGCUGCUACAGGGCAUGCGGUUCGCUCUUUGCCUCUGAGGCCAGCAUGGAGGCGCAUCGCCGCACCCACUACGCCUUCCACUGUGACCAGUGCGACUUUGUCUGCUCCAACAAGCAUGUCUUCCGGCGCCACAAGCGCAGGGGACACCCAGGCAGCGAGGAGCUGGCCUGUGACUUCUGCCCCUACAAGACCUUCAACCCCGUGGAGUUCAGCGACCACGUGGGCAAGAUGCACGCAAAUGAGAAGAUCCACAAGUGCAGCGAGUGUGACUUCGCCACGGCGCACAAGAGAGUCCUCCACAGGCAUGUCCUGCUCCACACAGGUGAGAAGCCACAUAAAUGUGAACUGUGCGAUUUCACCUGCAGGGACAUGGGCUACUUGUCGAAGCACAUGCUCACGCAUUCUGACCAUAAGAAUUACAUGUGUACAGAGUGUGGUUACAUUACCAAGUGGAAGCACUAUCUCACGGUUCACAUGCGCAAACAUACCGGCGACCUGAGGUAUCAUUGCAACCAGUGUUCCUACCGCUGCCACCGUGCCGAUCAGCUCAGCAGCCAUAAACUACGGCACCAGGGCAAGUCGCUCAUCUGCGAGGUGUGUGGCUUCGCUUGUAAGCGCAAGUACGAGCUGCAGAAGCACAUGCAGGUGAAGCACUCCAAGGACUACCAGCUGCCGCUGCACCAGUGCCAGUACUGCAGCUACCAGACGCAGUACAAGCAGGCGCUACUCAGCCACGAGAACUGCCGGCACACACGGCUUAGAGAGUUCCGCUGUGCCCUCUGCCCCUACCGCACUUUCAGCAACACCAGCCUCUUCUUCCACAAGCGGAAGACCCACGGCUACGUGCCGGGAGACAAGGAAUGGUUGGAGAACUAUGCCAGGGAGGAGAUGGCCAUGAACUCCACCCAGAACCUGCUGACAUAUGGCGACGCGAGUGUUCAUCUUCCGGGUACAGCUAGGUCCAAAAUGGCCACAGCAUCCUCGAGGCAGAGCAGCUUUCCCGCUGCUGGAGGGGAUAUCAAUCUCGGGGAGGGCCACCAGCCCCACCUUGGACUUGCUGCCUCUAGGCCAGAUGAAGGAUCACAGGGCAUUUCUGCCCCGUCGGAAUUGGUAUGCUUGGGGCAGCACCCAGUGUUCCCCACCGACACAGAGCGAGCGAGCCCAGCCACGAGCGUGGAGCCUGGGGAAGCCGGCACUGAAAGCAGCCAGAUUGUGGAGAGGGAGCUUCAGGAGGGCAUGAGUGGGAGCAGCUCGCAGAUGGAGGAGGUCUUCGGCGCUCAGCUGGGGUUCCCUCACACUCCAUCAGAGGACGUGUCAAAGCAAGUUUCCAGCUCGCAGCUGACACCUUUGGAUUGCUGGGCCCCAUGUGAGACCAGCGCCAUGUACAGAGACUUUGGACUCAAUGCUGCGGAUGUCGAACAGGCGGACGUUGGUGACGAUGAUGCUGAUGUCGAUGAGGAAGGUGGAGAGGGAGACCAUGUCCUAAGGAACCCAGAGAAACUGGGACAAAGCAUUGACGUCUUCAUGGAUGAAGGACAGGACGUAACCUAUGAGCUUUCAGAGAAGACCGGAGAGCCCGGCCAGGAGAUGAACAGUGCAUCUGCCAGUGGGACCUGUGCCAAUGUGCCUGCAGAUGGAGGUCAAGUCUCCACUGAAUCCCAUGGCGUGGAAGCCCCCGAGUGGGAUGGUAGCCCUGGGCCCGAAAACCGGGGCAAGGUGCAGCUCUCCCCAUCCGAGUGUGAGAUCAAGGCCCUGAGGAAACAGGAUAAGCAGCAGGCCCAAGCCCUGGUCCUGGAAGGGAGGGUGCAAAUGUUGGUGGUGCAGACCAACGCUCAGGUCUUCAAGUGUGAGAACUGCUCGUACAUCACCAGAAAGGAGCGAGCUAUGGUCCUCCACACCAAGUCUGGCUGCCAAAACAAGAAGACGCCGCUGGUAUGCGGGGCCUGCGGGGCCACCUUCAAGCAACAGCGAGGUCUCAACACUCACGUGCAGAAGAAGUGCCCUGUCACCAUUAAGAAGCACAAAUUAUAUGCACGCCAGACUGGAGUGAAACCGCCCACUACAUUGCCAAAUGGAGAAGGAGAGCCCACUGCAGAAACAAAGGACGUGCACGUGUCCCUGAGCACAGAUCCAGAUAAGACUGCUCAGCCACCAUGCCAAUCUGCAGGGCUCUCUGGAAUUGAAGUACCACCGUUCGAAGGUGGUGUACAGCGUUUGCAAGACCUGGAGGACGGGAACACCUCACUGGAACAGCUAGCUGCUGCUGAGGAAGAGCAAGUUUCUGAGAAGACACCAGCUAACGCCUCCCCCGUCAACGGGGAGAACUUACUCCCUACCCAUGAGGAAGUAGCGUUCGCCGACAUGGAAAAAAGCCAGAAGUUAGGGGCGGCGAAGUUCACGUCAGCCAGAGGGAGGUAUUCCUGCAGCUCAUGCCCCUUCGUCUGCUCCAGUGAGGCGGACAUGGCUGGCCACAUGUCGGAGGGCAGUUCAUGCCGCCCCAAGUUGCCCUGUGGGGUCUGCGGGUUGCUCUUCUGCUCGGAGAGGGCGCUGAAGAACCAUCAGGCUGUCAAGCAUGCCGAGGAGGGUGAGGGGUCUGCCAGCGAGGGUGAGGGCAGCCCGGAAAUGCCGGAGGGGAGCGACGUCUCCAAUGAGGAGCCCGGCGCUGGUCAGCAGUGCAGCAGCCGCCGGCGUUUUUCCUGCCCGACCUGCGCGUUCAGCUGCUGUCAGGAGCGGGCCAUGGGCACCCAUCAGCGCAAGGGCUGCCUGAAACCUGGCCAGCUCCAGUGCGCCCUCUGUUCCUUUGUCUGCAAGUCAGAGGCGGCCCUCGAGCACCACACCCGCCUCCACGGCAUCCAGGGCAGCCGCAAGCGCCCGCGACUGAGCUGCCACCUCUGCCCCUUCACCUGCAAGCAGCCCCGCUGCCUGAGACAGCACGUGGCGAUCCGUCACGAAGGUGUCAAGCCCCAUCGCUGCCGCUUCUGCGACUUCGGCACCACCCGGCGCUACCGGCUGGAGGCGCACGAGUCCCUCCACACCGGGGUGGGCAGGCUGUCCUGUGACUCCUGCCCCCGGACCUUCGGCACAAGCUCCAAACUGCGCGUCCACAAGCUGAGGGUGCAUGAGCGGCGGCCCACCCACUUCUGCGCUCUGUGCGACUACAGUGGCUACAACCGCAAUGACAUCGCACGGCAUGUGGCCAGCUGCCACGCUGGGCAGCCCAGCGCUGCCUGCGGCCGCUGCCCAGCCCGCUUUAGCUCCCAGGGGGCCCUAAAGCAGCACCGCCUGCGGCGGCACCGGGAGAGGGGCCGGCACGGCUGCCCCUCCUGCCUCUUCGCCUGCCGCAGCGAGGCCACCCUCCGCAGCCAUGUCCAGCGCCGGCACCCGCUGCUGGAGUGCCCAGCCUGCAAGCAGCGGUUCCCCGGCCGCCAGCAGCUGGACGAACACCGCAAGGUCCACUUCGGCCACCACUGCCCGCACUGCUCCUUCGCCACCCGCGAGCGGCAGCAGCUCAUCCAGCACCUGCUUGACAACCACGAGGAGGGGGAGGAGGGCGAGGAAGGCGGCGGUGCCAAGCCCUUCCGCUGCCCUUUCUGCAGUUUCACCUGCCGCCACCAGAUGGUGUUCGACUACCACAUGAAGGGACACGGUGGUACACGUCUCUACAAGUGCACCGACUGUGAGUACACCACCAAAAACCGGCAGAAGAUCACCUGGCAUAUCCGCAUCCACACUGGCGAGAAGCCCUACAAGUGCCACCUCUGCGCCUACGCCUGUGCGGACCCCUCACGCUUGAAGUACCACAUGCGGAUUCACCAGGAGGAGAAGAAGUACCUGUGUCCAGAAUGUGGCUAUAAGUGCAAGUGGAUAAACCAACUCAAGUACCACAUGACCAAGCAUACAGGAGCCAAGCCCUACCGAUGUGACCAAUGCGAUUAUUGCACCAACCGGGCAGACGCACUGCGUACCCACAAGGAGACGCGUCACAAAGAGGCACGCAGCUUCAUCUGUGAGCAGUGCGGGAAGGGCUUCAAGACCCGCUUCCUCCUCAAGACCCACCUGAAGAAGCACAGUGAGGAAAAGCCCUAUGUGUGCACUGUCUGCCACCGGGGCUUCCGCUGGCAAGCUGGCCUCCGCCACCACUACCUCACCCACACCAAUGAGCACCCCUUCUUCUGUCGCCACUGCAGUUACAAGGCCAAGCAGAAGUUCCAGGUGGUCAAACACAUCCAGCGGCACCACCCCCUCAAAGCCACCGAUGACCUCAGCGAGGGGGUGGGCAAGGUGCCGAUCACCCAUGCCCUGGCUGCCCGUGACUCGGGCAGUGGGGACCCCCAGCCUACCCUUCCUCCGGAUCCGGUGGGCGCUGACAGUCUGGUUGCGAGCUCGUGAGCGCAGAACUGCACCCUUUGGGAGUGAAAACCACAUUAUCAGGCCAUCUCACACUGCCUGGUCUCUGCUGAUACUCUCAAGAAUGAUGCUUUAUCGCAAGGGUGUGUGUGUGUGUGUGUGUGUGUGUGUAUACAUACAUACACAUAUAUACAUACACACAUACAUACACACACAUGUACUCUGCUUCAAGCCCAAAGAAAGGCGACCAGUUUCAUUGGGGAUAUCUGCUGAGACACUGAAUCUCACUGCACUGCCAGAAAUGACAAACCGAGCAUCUUUCGCAACACUGGACAUGUGCCUUUUAGCCGAGCACUUGCACUGAAUCUUCCUGAAAUAUGUUUUUCUGACUUGUUCCUCCACCCCCUCCCCAUCACAGCACUGUGGAGCAAGUUGCAAGGGACUUCUGCAUUAAAGGGAGGUCGUGACCUUCCCAAAGGGCAAGCAGCAAGUGAGGGAGACAAGAUUUUACCUAUGUGGGGGGGAAGAUGGGAUAACUGUCUGCUGGCUGAGUUUAUUUCCUGUCCCACAGAGACCGCAAAUGUUCACAACUCCAGCCUCUGCUAAAAUCCUCUGUUCCUAUUGGAAAUGUUGAGGGAUUCCUGCAUAAUGAACCCACCAGUGUAAUCCAGCAAUUGAUGUUGCAGCUAUUCACAAGACUUUAUGGUGAAGUUGGGAAAUAUUUAAACUCCUGGUGUUGAAUAAAGGCAACUGAGGAACAUAAAAUGGUUUUGAAAUGGAUGGAGCAAUUUUCCUGUCCAAUUUUAACUGAUGUCUUCAUUCCUCACCCUCAGACCACCCCAUCUUUCAAUUUUCACCAUGCAGUGGACAAAAUUUGGCAAGAGGGCAGAUAUAUGACUGAUUAAGAUGGGGUCUCUUGCAACGGAGUGUUGGUUCAGAAGCUAUUCCCUGUUAAUGCUGAGUAGUUUUAGGGCGAGGAUUUGGUUUCAUUUUGACAGCUGAGCUGUCAUUUACUCUUCUAAUUAUUAAUCCACGUUCUGCUAAUACGAGUAGGCAUAAUUUUAAGGUGAUAGGACAAAGAUGUGAGAGGUAAGUUGCUUACACAGAGUGUGGUGGGUGCGUGGAACACCCUGCCAGGGGUUGUGGUAGAGGAAGAUACAUUAGGGGCAGUUAAGAAACUUGUAGAUAGGCAUGUGGUAGAAAGGAAAAUCUGGUGGACGGAAAGGUUCUCAGAUGAACUACAAGGGCCACGUGUUCACGACCAAGGCGAGCCACCUAGUUGGAGGAAAUCGGCCGUGGUCAAACCUGGAGAGGGAUGGGCUCCGCCAGGUUUCAGAGGCCCAAGACAUGCCGCAUGAUGAGCAUACCAAAAAGCUGGUGCAAAGCUUGUCAGUAUGGUGCCCCGACGAUUCCACUAGGAGUUAAGGGCGCAAGAAGAAGAAAGAAAAAUGGAGGGCUACGUGGGAUCUUAGAGUAAGUUAAAAGUUCAGCACAACAUUGUGGGCUGGAGGGCCUGCACUGUGUUGUUAUGUUCUGUUUGCCUCUAGCACCAACCCUGGUAGGUUGUUCCACGCAUCCACGGCUCUCUGUGCAAAUUAACUAUCCUUUCAUUGGAUUGGAGGUAUGUACUGAGACACAACCUCAAUGCAUUGCCAUAAGCAACAUUGGGCCUGGGCCAUUUAGCCAAGCACUUACUUGCAGUGAGCCCUCCUGAACCAGAGUUUUCUGAACUGCCUCUUCACCUCGCCCCACCAGGCUGUGAUGUCACAAGGGCACUUCUCUCCCCCCGCACAGCCCUUAGACUUUCCUUCACAUUAUAAAUUCUGCACUGUUUCCACCCUGUGAGAAAGUUAUCAUCUUGUACACCUCUAAUCCUCCUUUGUUCCAGAGAAACGCCAUAGCUCACUAAACCUACAAGAUAUGUUGUCUAAUCUAGCCAGCAUCCUGGUACAUCUCUGCACCCUCUCUAAAGCUUUCUAUAAUGAUGGAACCGGAACUGAACACAAUACUUAAGUGUGGUCUAACUAGAGUUUUAUAGAGCUACAUCAUUACACCUCGGCUCUUGAACUCAUUUCCCCGACUACUGAAGGCCAACAUAUCAUACCUCAUUUUUAACCACCCUAUCAACUUGUGCUGCAACUUUUAGCAACCUAUGGAUGUGAACCCUAAGUUCCUUCACACUGCCAAGAUUCCUACUGUAACCCUGUAUCUGACUUCAAAUUUGACCUUCCAAAGUGAAUCACAUUUUUCGGUGUUGAAUGCCACCAGCCACUUCUCAGCCCAGCUGGGCAUCUCGUGGAUGACCUAUGAUAAGUUUCUCCACUAUCCACAACACCAAACUUUAUGUCCUUUGCAAACUUACUAACCCAGCCUUCAACUUGCUCAUCCAAGUUGUUUAUAAAAAAUUAUCAAGAGCAGGAGUCCCAUAACAGAUCCCUUUCCGGAGGUUUUCCUUGAUGUAACCUUGACUCUGUAGCACAACACUGGGUGUUCAGUCCAACUGGUUCUCAUUGGAUUUUGUUCUUCAGCGUGGCACCUCGAAUUCUUCUGGCUCAUCCUUUGAGUGUCCAUCUAGUUUUCAUCCUCAGCUGCUUUUCCUGUGCCUCUCCUCAAGAUACUGACUAUUGUCAGGAUAAAGUGGGUUCUUAGUGCAAGUGGGUGUGUUUAUCGAUGGAUCUGCUCUAGAGCUUAUACAGAGGAAACUGCAUCAUACUGAUAUGAGGCAUAGAUAGAGUGGACGAUAGGGGGUACAAGGUGAUAAGAGGCAUAGAUUGAAUGGAUUUGAUGGAGGUGUACAACAUGAUAAGAGGCAAAGAUAGAGUGAAUGUGAUAGAGGUGUACAAGGUGAAAAGAGGCAUAGAUCAAGUGGAUAGUCAGUGCCUUUUCCAAGAACAGGAUGGCUAAAACGAGAUGUAUAAUUUUAAGGUGAUUGCGUAAAAUAAACUUACCUCUUGACAUUCCCCUCCCUAUAAUUUUCUCCAGAGUGGAGAGUGUGUGGUACGCCCUGCCAGGGUUGGUGGUGGUGGCAGAUACAUUAGGAACACUUAAGAGAUUCUUACUGUAUGUAGGCAGAUGGAUGUUAGAAAAAUGGAGGGCUAUGUGGGAAGGAAGAGUUAAGUUGAUCUUGGAGUACGUUGAAAGGUCAGCACAAUAUUGUGUGACAAGGGGCCUGUACUGUGCUGUAAUGGUCUGUGUUCUGUAUCACGGGGUGUGGCAUUAAAAUAGUGCGUGGGCUGAUCCUCACCAUCAUCCCUCCAUCAACUGCCAGGCAAGACUUGGAGACGGUGCAUUGGCUAGUCUGUUUGUUACUCCUCUGUCAUAUGCCUUCCCCCACCCAGGCCACCUAAUUGUAGUUUUAGUGCCUCAAUCAGCCUCUCUUACAGACUGGUUACACGGCCCACAGGCCUUGGACAGCUGAGACCACAGGAAUCCCUGGAAUAUGAUUAUCCCACAUCCCCAAAGUGCAUAGUUGACCUCAUCUGAUCUACCAGACUGAAAGAGAACACUCCUUGGUGGUGAUGAGAAAUAAAUUCUCUCUAAGCCAGCAAGUGGAUAGAAACAUUAUCUGCAUAUUGCACAGAAAAGAUGUCUGCAGUGCCGGUGCCUAAUUCUCUUUAUGCAAACAUAUUGAGAAAUUGGGAGAAAUGGGAAGUUAUUCAGCCUUUUGAGUCUGUUCCAGCAUUCAGUGAACUCCCGGCUGGUCUGGUUACAAUCUGAGUUUUGCAUUCUUGCCAGCCCUGGUCACUCUUCCACCACCCCCCCGAAUCUUGAUUAUCAAGAGUCCACUAAACUCUAGUUUUAAGGUUACACAGGAAACGGAAGAGACUUCAGGUGCUGGAAGCUGGAUCGAUUGACAAUCUACUCAUAUUUACUGAAUGCUGGAACAGACUCAAAAGGCCGAAUAACUCCCCAUUUCUCCCAAUUCCUCCCCAGCAUCUGUUGGGGGGGGUGGGGGAGCAGGUUGGACGAAUUGAGAUUAGCUUUAUUUGUCAUGUGUACUUUGACACAGUACAGUGAAAGCAUCAUUUGCAUCAACAAUCAACACAGUCCGAGGAUGAGCUGGGGCAGCCCACAAGUGUCACCAGGCUUCUGAUACUAAUGUUGCGUGCUUACAAAUUACUAACCCUAACGCACAAGUCUGGAAUGUGGGAGGAAACCAGAGUAUCUGGAGGAAAGCCACAUGGCCAAACUCCUUACAGAGAGCAUCAGGAAUUUAACCUGGGUCACUGGCACCGUAGAGCAUUGUGCUAACCACUACAUCACAGUGCUGCUGUUGAGUUGUCAAUGUUUCAAGUCCUGAUGCAGUGGUUUGGACUCAACAUCAAUAAUUCCUUCUUCACCCUUCCUGCGAUGCAUUAGUAGGGAGGAAUGGAGCUGCUGGUAUACAGGCAGAUGUAGUGUGUAGUGAGACUGCAAGGAAGGACAGGCAGAUGAUAGGUUAAAAUUUCAGUCAAUGGCUUGUGUUGAAGUGUAACACGGAGCAAAAUUGAAAAGGGUGUGAUGAAUAUAGGACUAAAGAUGUUAUAUUUGAAUACACAUAGUAUACAAAGUAAGGUAGAUGAUCUUGUAGUGCAGUUAGAGAUUGGCAGGUAUGAUGGAGCAGAUCAAUGGUUGGAAUGGCCUAAUUCUGCUCCUACCUCUUAUUGUCUUUCCAGUGCUCAUCCAGAUACCUAAAGGUUGAGAGGGUCUCAGUUUCCACCACCCUGGCAGGCAGUGUGUUCCAGAUUCCAAACAUCCUCAGAAUUAAAUGGGCGUCCUGGGAAUUCAACAGGAGAAGGGGAGUAGAACUUAUAAUAAAUACUUCACAGAAGACCAUAGGACAUAGGACCAGAAUCAGACCAUUCGGCCCAUCGAGACUACUCUGCCAUUCAAUCAUGGCUGAUUUAUUAUGCCUCUCAAUCCCAUUCUCCUGCCUUCUCCCCAUAACCUUUUAACGUCCUGUCUAAAAACCUAUUGACCUGCACCUUAAGUAUAGCCAAUGACUUGGCCUCCACAGCCAUCCAUAGCAAUAAAUACCACAAACUGCUUUCAAAAAGUAGUGGUGUGUGGGUUUGGGAGACCUAGACUUUAUAUGCUGACGUGGAUUAUGUGAGCUAGAUCCCUCGGUUCAAGCAUACAUUGGCCCCGGAUAGUUCUGAUACGAUUGAAAGGUCCAACAAACAAUAAACAGACUGUUUCCUGCUUGUUGGACCUUGGGGUCCAAGUUAAUAGCUCCCUGAAAGUGACUACACAGGGUGGAUAAGGCAUAUGGCAUGCUAGCUUUUCUUAGUCAAGGCCUUGAGUUUAAAAUUCAGGAAGUUAUAUUGCAGGUUUAUAAAACUUUAUCUAAGCUACAUCUGCAGUAUUGCAUGCAGUUCAGGUCACCCCAUUAUAGGAAGGGUGAGAUGGUGCAGAAGAGAUCUACCAGGAUGCUGCCUGGAUUAGGGGUUGGGCAAACUUGGGUUGUUUUCUCUGGAGCAGUGGAGGCUGAGGGGAGAUCUGAUAGAGGUUGAUAAGAUUAUGAAAAGCGUAGAUAGAGUAGAAAGACAGUACCUUUUUUCCCUGGGUUGAAAUGUCUAAUAUCAGAGGGCAUGCCCUUAAGGUGAGAGGUGCAAGUUUACUUUUUACACAGAGAGUGGUGGAAUGCGCUGCCUGGGGUGAUGGUAGAGGUUUAUAUGUUAGAGACUUUUAAGUGACAUUUAAAUAGAUUCAUGAAUGUGAGGAAAAUGGAAGGAUAUGGACAUUGUGAAGGAAGAGGGGAUUCAUUUAGUUGGCCGUUUGAUUCCUAAUUUAAUUGGUUCAGCAUAAUGUGGGAUGAAGAGCCUUUUCCUGUGCUUUACUGUUCCAUGUUCAAUGAGUGCCAUUGGGUGGGAGGGAAGAGAAUGGUGUCCUUAGUCCAAAGAGGUGGGAGAGGAAGUCUCACCACAAGUGCCAAAGUGAUGGACGCUCUCGUAUCUGGGAAUGAAAGCGUUAAUGAGAUUCACUUUCUAACUGCGAAUUCCCACAAGAUGAAUCUCAGGAUGACAUACGUGUUUUGAAAAUCGAUUUACUCCUGAGACUUUGUAUGAGGACUGUUUGAUGGCUAUGGGCCUGUACUUGCUGGAGUUUAAAAGAAUGAGGGAGGAUUUGAUUGAAACCUACUGAAUAUUGAAAGGACUAGAUAGAGUGGAUGUGGAAAGAAUGUUUCCAAUAGUAGGAGACGAACCUCAGAAUACGAGGGGUGAUU